AUGGCCGAGGCUGAGCCAAACCGAAGUAAAACGGAGACGACUACGGUUGAAAAUCAGCCUUUGGAGGAGAAGAGAAAGAGCGUGGAUGCGGAAAGCGGUCUGUUGGACGAUGCGGAAAACGGAGACGCGGAUGACUCUGAAACUGGCGAAGUUAUAAAGCCCGAUGGUGGUUGGGGAUGGCUGGUUUGCCUAGGAGCAUUUAUUUGUAAUUUUGUGGUUUUUGGUACAAACAACUGUUUUGGUGUGAUAUAUGGCACUCUGAUUAAAGAACUCAGCAUUAGCAGCGCGGAAACAGCGUGGAUUGGUUCAAUGGCAAUGGGUCUAAACUUUUUCUUCGGUCCAAUCGCAAGCGCGCUGUGCGAACGCAUUGGCUGCCGAUUAACGGCACUGACCGGUGCGGUAUUGUCAGUAGCUGGACUACUACUCUCGUCGUUUAUCACUCCGCAAGAUGUGCCUAAGAUGUACGCAACGUAUGGCGUAAUGUGGGGCGUUGGAUCCAGCUUGUGCUAUGUACCAUCCAUGGUGAUACUUGGCCAGUAUUUCGAUAAACGAAUGGCUUUGGCUAACGGUCUUGGGACGUCUGGUAGCGGAAUUGGGACUCUAGUGAUGGCGCCUUUAAUUCAGUUCCUUUUGUCUACAUUAGGUUGGCGAACCACCUUCCGUUUUCUGGGUGGUACAGCGUCAUCGCUUUUUAUAGCGGUAUGGUUGUUUCGGCCUCUGGCUGGCAGAAAAGCAAAGAACGAGGGGACGGCGCAUCCUUGCGUGGACCUAAAUAUAUGGAGAAAUAAAGCUUUUAUUGUCUGGGUUCUCGCCAUUUCAUUCUUUCUCUUUGGCUAUUUCAUUCCCUUUGUCCACUUGGUGAGACUUGCAAAUCUUAAUGGUGUGUCUGGGGACAAAGCAGCUUGGCUGAUAGGGUACCUAUCAAUAGCCUCGACCGUUGGUCGGUUGUUUUUCGGGAAGAUUGGUGAUAUGAAACGAGUGAAUCGCCUGAUCAUGUUUCAGACUGCGAUUCUAAUUAUUGGGGCCUCGACUGCUCUACUCUCACUGGCUACGAACUACACAGGCCUGGUGUUAUACGCUGUCACAUUUGGAUUCUUCGAUGGGUGUUUCGUCGGUCAAGUGGCUGUUGUUACCUCGAGCAUAGUGGGGAUGAAGCACCUGGGUGUUGCCUUGGGCUAUCUGUUCGGUUCUAUAGCCAUACCCAUGACACUUGGCCCACCUGUAGCAGGUUGGAUUUUCGACGCGUGGCGGUCGUACAACAUCGCGUUCUACGCGGCAGGUGGCACGAGUUUCUUAGGUUUCCUCACGAUGUUUUUUAUACCGAGACUGAUAAAAAAACAUUCCGACAAGUGGGAGAAGCAGUUCGACUUCAAAAGGCGAGCGUCGAUUGAAAGUCGCCGCAAGCUUUUAUCGAGCGCGGACUCGGAUCCCCUCGGACCAAGAAACAGUAUUUUUGAACUUGAAGUGUUUGCGCCAAACGAGGGUAGCGAUGCCUCGGCGGUGACGCAGAUCGCGGUGGAGAGGCCGAACUAUACCAGAGGCAGACGACGCUCGCUGCCUGCUCUGUACAUAAGCAACACGCCCAGUCCGAGUUUGUCGUCCGAGAAGUCGCGACUCUCUCCCGCCGUGCAGAAAAUUGCCCGAAUGUCGACGGAAAUGGGUUCGGCUGCACGGAUCUCGGCUGAAAUGAGCUCGAACGAUGGAGUGAACGCAUCAGACUCACCCAUGCUCCAUUUUCGACCAACCAGUGGCGGUAACAUGGCAACCGAUAAGCCACGCCCUAACCGAACGAGAGCGAGACGCGGCUCGCUUCCCGUGAUAACGCACAAGUCAAGUAGCUACGGCAACCAAGGGGAUGCUAAACCGCCACCACGGCUCUUGCUGGUCGACGCAAGCCUUCUUGCGCAACAAGGAAUACCGAUUGUGAGUGUUACCGCACCACCGAAAUUCAAUCGUAACAAGAGACGGGGCUCCCUACCGGCCGUGAACUAUCCAAACACCCCAAACGCCAUGAGUGUACCAAAACCAGUUCAGCCCAAGACAUAUAACCUUAAUAGAAGACGUGGUUCUCUACCGGCUGUAUCUCUCACUAUUCCGGAAGAAACUCACGGCAAUGGUUUAAUCGCAACAAAAAAUCUUUUGCGAAUGUCACCCGGGUUGGGUGUCCGUACCCACAGCUCUCAGAAAGACUCCAUUGACGAGCUCGAGGAGGAGGAGGAUCAUCAAGAACAUCACGCGAGAGAUAGGGAUAAUGCGGGAUCGGGGCAUGUCAGAUUAUCCACUGCGUCGAGUGGUUAUGAUACAAACGGUUGUUCACCGGCAGAGAGUUCUGGGGUAGGUUUAAUAGCUCAAACGAAAACAGGGGAAUAGAAACAAAUUACUGGCAAUGGAAUAAUCACUAGUUUUGUUGAAUAGAAGAGCGGAUGGCUGCGAAAAGAAUAUCAAGUAAUAAAUAAUACGAUACGAUAAAGUAAUACCUGCAACUAAAUCGCAAAAACUUGCAACAAAAUCUGAUUUCAACGCGUGCCAAUUAAAAAUGUUGCCAAAUGUUGUCGAGAACACAUGGUUAA